AUGGUGGUGAUGAAGAUGAAGUUCCCCUUUCAGAAAAGGGUGAAGCUCGCCCAGGGCCUGUGGAUGCUCUCCUGGAGCGCCACAGUAGCCGGAGCACUGACCUUCAGCCUGGGCUGCAUCCUCAAGACAGAGCUGCACAGGAGAGCAGAGGUGAUGGAUAACUCAGACAUUCAUGUGGUGCCCAACACUCUCAUGAUCGUUGGUCUGGCCUCUUUGGGAAUCAACUACUUUGCUUCAAAGAUCUGUCAGGAUGCUCUGGAUGCCGGGCGAUUUCCUCGCUGGAAAAACUUCCUGAAGCCAUAUUUUGCCGUCUCAUCUUUCUUCACUGUGCUCAUGCUGCUGGCUGUCAUCAUGAGCUAUGCCAUGACAGGCAGUCUGGAAUCUUCUCUGAAGGGCGGCCUGAGGAAUGGCAUCCGUUUCUACAAGGAUACAGACACACCCGGACGCUGCUUCCAGAAACAAAACAUCGACCACCUGCAGAUGGACUUUCAGUGCUGUGGAAACAACGACUUUAGGGACUGGUUUGAAGUCCAGUGGAUCAGUAAUAGAUACCUUGAUUUCAGCUCAAAGGAAGUGAAAGACCGCAUCAAAAGCAACGUGGAUGGUCGUUACUUGGUUGAUGGAGUCCCUUUUAGUUGCUGCAACCCCAGCUCUCCUCGGCCGUGCAUCCAGUAUCAGCUCACCAACAACUCUGCUCACUAUAACUAUGACUACCAAACCGAAGAGCUCAACAUCUACCUCCGAGGCUGCAGAGAAGCCCUGCUUAACUAUUACAUGGGCAUGAUGAACACUAUUGGGGCUGGAGUGCUGUCAGUGUUCCUCUUACAGGGCUCUGUGCUGGUCAGCCUGCGGUUCCUGCAGACAUCCAUGGAGGCUGUGGCAGGGAAGGAAAACACUGAGAUUGAGACAGAGGGGUAUCUACUGGAGAAAGGAGUGAAAGAAACCAUCAUGGAGUUUGUUGAUCCUUUAAUGAAGUUCCUCCUGCUCACAAACAAGGUGGAUGAGGGUGCUUCAACUAGCACUGAUGCUGCCCCACCUACAACCUAA